AGGACGGCGUAGCGCAUGCGCCACAUCUAUGUUGUUGUUUGUGGCGGUAAGAUGGCGGCGCUCGGAGACACCUCAGCUCCGGGGGUGAAUGGGUUAAUACAACAAUUCACAGCAAUAACAGGGGCCACAGAGAGUGUAGGAAAACAUAUGCUGGAAGCAUGCAACAAUAACCUGGAAAUGGCAGUCACUAUGUUUCUGGAUGGAGGCGGGAUAGCAGAGGAGCCCAGCACCAGCUCCAGUUCAGCAGCAUCAAGCAGCAGAGCUCCCCCUACAGAUGAAGUACGAGCACCAAUUCCGCAGAAGCAGGACAUAUUAGUGGAACCAGAACCACUUUUUGGAGUGCCAAAGCGAAGAAGGCCCGCUCGAUCGAUAUUUGAUGGUUUCCGAGACUUCCAAACAGAAACAAUCCGCCAGGAACAGGAGCUGCGUAAUGGUGGAACAGUGGAUAAGAAACUGAGCACCCUGGCAGACCUUUUCCGUCCUCCCAUUGAGCUCAUGCACAAAGGCAGCUUUGAGACGGCUAAAGACUGUGGGCAGCUGGAGAACAAGUGGCUCAUGAUCAACAUUCAAAAUGUUCAGGACUUUGCCUGUCAGUGCCUGAACAGGGAUGUAUGGAGUAACGAUGCAGUAAAGACUAUCAUCAGAGAACAUUUCAUUUUCUGGCAGGUAUAUCAUGAUAGUGAAGAGGGACAAAGAUACAUCCAGUUUUAUAAGCUGAACAAGUUUCCCUACAUUUCCAUCCUUGAUCCCCGGACAGGUCAAAAAAUGGUGGAGUGGAACCAGUUGGAUGUGGCGUCGUUCCUGGAGCAGGCAACUGGCUUCCUGGCAGAGCAUGGGCAGCUCGAUGGACCAUCCUGUCACGCACCCCCUGCCAAACGAGCUCGCUCUGAGAGUCUGAUUGACGCCAGCGAAGACAGUCAGCUGGAGGCAGCAAUCCGAGCCUCCCUACAGGAGACCCACUAUGAGUCCUCAAAUGUCCCUGAACCCCCGGAUUCCCCCCGAUCAGACGACGAAUCAGAUGCAGAGCCUUUCUCCGACAGCGAGGGGCCCAUCUCGGUUGAUGGGUCAGACAGUGAAACGCCGGCACCCCACGAAGAGAAAAGUUCUACCAGCAAACACGCCCCGGCGCCUUUGGCUGCUGCAGCCCAGCAGCGUCUACAUCCUGAUAGUUCCACUUCUUCCCACAGAAAGUCUCCGUACAAAGAGAACAACCACAGUCACAAGAAAGAGGAGAGUAAAAAGAACCACCUGGAGCCCUCGGCUGCUGGUCCUCGCCAUCCUCCGCUUGAUGCAGACUCUGGGGGAAACCACUGCGCCCCAGUAACUGAAAGUGCUGGAACUUCCAAGAUCACUACCACCACAACCUGUGAUGUGGACUGUCCUGACGACAAUGGUCCCAAAGCCAGGUUGAUGCUUCGCUACCCAGAUGGACAGAGAGAGCAAAUUUCAUUGUCUUCUAAAGCAAAACUUUUGGCCCUGGUAAGACACGUCCAGUCCAAGGGUUACCCUAAUGAACGCUUCGAACUUGUCACCAACUUUCCCAGAAGGAAGCUAGCCCACUUGGACUAUGACAUCACACUGCAGGAGGCAGGACUUUGUCCGCAGGAGACUGUAUUUGUGCAGGAGAGGAACUAGUCUUCCCAGACACGUUCACUUUUUGCUCGUCUAUAUCUCUGGUAGACAUCACUCUUUCACAAUGAUCUGGGACGAUCAUUGUCGACCCCAUAACCUUCUGUUCUGGAAGUAGGCCCACGUUUUAUGCCGAGACAGCUGUAAGUGGAUGGACUACUUUCACCGCCACUCCACUAGUCUGAAUACUGACGUCUCAACUGACAGCCUAAUCCCUUCGUACUGCUCUACAAUUGGUCAGUAAGGUGUUGUGGAUGCCAGCAUUCUUUCAUUUUUAGAAUUUCUUAUAUUCCGUCCUGAUGCAGGUCUCGUUUGGUUCUGAAACUCUGAGGCACAUCAGGACAGAAUAUAUUUACCACAAAAGCUCAAAUAAGAAACCUCAGACAAUGGAUCACUAAUUGAUGAUGGGCCACCAGGGACUUGUACAAAAAGACUUUUACCUCCCAGAAAGGACGUUAAAUGUCAGAGUUUAUUUUCUAGCUCUUCUUGUUAUUUUCUGUACCUGGGACAGGUAAAGGGAGGCUCAUUCUUGUUUCCUUUGACACGAAUUUGGUCUCUCACUCGGUCAUCGUUCAAACAGUUGUAAUUAUUUGGAUUAAGGGGCACUAAGAGAAAAGGUCCAAAUGUUACAAGUCAAAAAAAUGUGUCUUUUAUUACAGAAGGGAAUGAAUGAAGGGUGGUACAUCUCAUCAGUCGGACCUACACUGUACAGAGAUGGCUUAGAGAGACUGAUAUUUAGCUGUAGUCAUUGUUUCAUUUCUUUUUUUAUAUGCUGCCAAGAAAAUAUGCUGAUGUUGAAAUAUAACCACCAAAAACAAA